AUGUUGACAUUAUUUGUAUUACAAUUAUACUUCAAACAAUUUGUGAGCAGUGAUUUUGAAAGUUUCUACAACCCCUUACACGGGAACUGUUAUGUUUAUAACUCUGGUUGGAACGAUUCCAAACAAAUAGUGACGGCCACCAGGGAAGGUCCAAAAAACGGUUUGGAGAUGGUUGUGAAUAUCGAUCAGAUGGAUUACGUGAAGCAAGCAGGAAGUCUGGCAGGGAUCCGUGUCGUCAUCCUCGACCAGAAUCAGAUGCCGUUUCCUGAAGACGAGGGAGUCUCAGUUGGCCCUGGACAAUUAACUUACAUCAGUUUACAACGGCACGAGAUAAAUCGGUUGGGCUCUCCUUACGGCAGCUGCACCGAACAGUUGUUUGACCCAUUCACCAGUGCAUAUUCCGCAUUCUACAACGUUCAAUAUCGGGCCAAAGGUUGUGAGUACACGUGCUAUCAAAAAAAAAUUAUGCACGAGUGUGGAUGCAUAGAUUUCAGUUAUCUUAAUAUAACUGCCUUAAUGGAGAAUAUCAACGCCGACAACAUGAGCUUGUGUCAGUCUGGGAACUUCGAACAAGACGAAUGUAGGUAUGCAAUAAAAAUGAAAUUUAUGAAUAAGUCACUGACAUGUGAUUGCCCUGAACGAUGCAAUGACGUGAUCUUUGACAGUUUUUCCUCGUAUUUGGACUGGCCGAUGAAAAGCGAGCAGGCUAAAAUCGCCCAAAUGUAUAACCUGACGCAAGAUGAAGUAGUGACAGACAACCUGCUGAGAGUGGUCAUAUACUUUUCCGACUUUCACGUUCAUGAGCUGGAUGAAGGACCCGCUUAUGAAUUGGUCCAGUAUCUCUCCGACUUGUGUGGAGUUACUGGUUUGUGGUUCGGAUUCGCUAUGAUGACGUUCUUCGAAUAUUUCGAACUCCUAUCAGACGAAAAUAACACGCUUAUCAUGCAAUUUAAAAGUGAUGUUGCAAGUGCACAUGUCGCCAUUGAUUGA